AUGGGCGACGAGGAGGCCGGGCCGUCCUCGUCCGGACACUCCUCCCCCACCUCCAACACCAGCACCACGCCCCCACCUCAGCCGCCGCCGCCGCCGCCUCCACCGCCGCACCCGCAGGCGUGCGCCGCGUGCAAACACCAGAGGCGGAGGUGCACGCCGGAGUGCCGGCUGGCGCGCUACUUCCCGGCCAACCAGCCGGCGCGGUUCCGGAACGCGCACCGCCUGUUCGGCAUCAAGAACAUCCUCAGGGUCAUGGCCUCGGCGUCGGAGGAGCUGCGCGACGACGCCAUGAAGUCGGUCGUCUACGAGUCCGACGCGUGGGUGAUCGACCCCCUCGGCGGCGCCGCCGGCAUCGUCAAGGGCCUCAGCCAGGAGCUCGCCCGCUUGAAGGCCGAGCUCGACGCGGUGAAGGGGCUGAUCGAGCUCCAUCGCCGUGCCGCGGCCCAGCAGCAACAGCAGCCGCCCGUCGCCGUCGCCUCCAAUGGGGAUGCUGCUGCGGCGACGUCGACGGCGCCGGAACGCCAUGGGGACGGACAUGCGCCUCCUGCCAACGUCAAGGAAGAAGGCAACGUCGACCAUACCUCGUCGAUAAGCUUCCGCGAUAGAUGA